AUGCAGCUCCUGAAAGCGCUCUGGGCACUCGCCGGCGCCGCGCUCUGCUGUUUCCUCGUCCUGGUCAUCCACUCGCACUUCCUCAAAGAAGGUCAGCUGGCCGCCGGCACCUGUGAGAUUGUGACCCUGGACCGGGACAGCAGCCAGCCUCGGAGGACGAUUGCCCGACAGACGGCGCGCUGCGCAUGCAGGAAGGGACAGAUCGCUGGCACCACAAGGGCCCGGCCCGCCUGCGUGGACGCUCGCAUCAUCAAGACCAAGCAGUGGUGUGACAUGCUCCCGUGCCUGGAGGGAGAGGGCUGUGACCUGCUCAUCAACCGCUCCGGCUGGACCUGCACACAGCCCGGUGGGCGGAUCAAGACCACCACGCGGGAUCCCGCGGAGCAGCCUACAUGCAUCCAUACACCCCUUCUGCCUGUCUCAGCUUCUGAGAUCAAAAUGUGGAACCAGCCAGCCCGGGAAACUGAGGGGUCAUGUGAUGCUUGCAGUGGGCGGCAGCGUACUUGGCGGGACCAGUAG